UGAACUAGAAGGGUUUUGUGUUGAGCAAUCUCAAUGUUAGGUGAAUGCACGGUUGUGGAUAAGGUCAGCAUUAUCCUGCAGACAUACAAAUUCCCUAUAUUAACUCUUAAAUGGUAGUGGUGGAUUACAAUAAGAGAGAUAUGUUGUUUUUUUUAAUGACAGUAUUAUCUUAAUUAAGAACCAUAAUCACAGCCGCAAUGAACAAAAGUUCAUGGAAAGAACACUACGAAACCAAACACGGUAUACACAACAUGCAGCAAAGAUUUUGUGGCAGCUGAUUCGAAGCAUGACGGUAACUCAGCUCUUCAUCGUCCAAGGAUAUCAACAAUGACAGAAAAAUUGUUGGUCUAGGACGGCGCUAGAAUUAGAAGGGAAAUGACGCUAGGAGCCUCGAGGGCCACCUUAUCUACAGUUUAACAUUUUCGGUGAUUGACCCUGGCUUAAUUUUGUCCCAGAAUUAUUUUGCGAGCUCUGUGACUUUAAGAAACAUCUUAACUCGCGGAGGUUUUGACCAGCAUUGCCCGACGAUCGACAAGGUAGCAAGUUGAGCUAUAAUCAAAUCGAUCUUGUUAUCCAUAACGCCUACCGUCUUUGUCAUGAUGGACUGUUCAACCUUACCAACUCUAAAAGGACAAAUAAUAUUCCAUAAAAUGGUGGUAGCCUACUGAAUCUGUGGCGGGUAAGGUCGAAAGAUCGAGGCCCGCCAACCAGAAGCUGAUAGCUUAGCACCUUGGUGGAUCUAGACACACGGACUCAACCCACAAGUUAAUCAUUCCUCCCUAUACUAAAACUCUCAAGCCAAAGGUAGCUAAAGAUAAUGGAAUGGAAAUGCUAGUCAAGAGGAGCCGCGAGCCACUGGAUCCUCUUAUUUCCUCUUUUUAGACGAGAAACCAUGUCCGCUCCAAAUAAAUAAAUUGAAAUGAGAACGCAUGCAUGCCCUCAGAGUCAUUCAUGCACUGCUAUAAGUACUCGUGUUUUCUGUCCUUCUGAGUCGCAACUCGAUCUCACAGCGCUUCUUUUAACAAGUAUGGCUCGUACUAAGGUUGUUGCUGUUGCCUUCGUAAUUUUGCUUAGCAUUAGCCUUUCGGAGGCCGGCCGAAUCCUGACAUCUGCUGGUGGCGGUGGUGGGGGAGGCGGUGGUGGCGGAGGUGGAGGUGGCGGGGGUGGUUCGGAAGGCGGCUAUGGUUCUGGCUCUGGCUAUGGUGAAGGAGGUGGAUCUAGUGGCAGUGGUGGAGGUGGUGGUGGCGGUGGUGGUGGUGGAGGUGGUGGAGGGGGAGGUAGUGGUUCUGGUUAUGGGUCGGGAAGUGGGUACGGGUCAGGCUCCGGUUAUGGAGCUGGGGGAGCAAACGGUGGAGGAUAUGGAAGAGGCGGAGGUGGUGGAGGAGGCGGAGGUUCGGGUGGUGGGAGCGGAGGUGGCAGUGGAUCAGGGUACGGCUAUGGCAGCGGGUUUGGUUAUGGUGAGGGAGGUGGCGCCUAUGGAGGAGGGUAUGGAAGGGGUGGCGGAGGCGGUGGUGGAGGUGGCGGUGACUCCGGUGAUGGGAGUGGAAGCGGGUCGGGUUAUGGCUCCGGCAGUGGGUCUGGGUAUGGUGAGGGAAGCGGUGCCUAUGGUGGAGGGUAUGGAAGGGGUGGCGGAGGCGGUGGUGGAGGUGGCGGUGACUUCGGUGAUGGGAGUGGAAGCGGGUCGGGUUAUGGCUCCGGCAGUGGGUCUGGGUAUGGUGAGGGAAGCGGUGCCUAUGGUGGAGGGUAUGGAAGAGGUGGUGGAGGUGGUGGCGGGUCCGGCGGUGGGAAUGGGGAUGGAAGUGGGUCCGGGUACGGGUCCGGUUAUGGAUCUGGCUAUGGUGAGGGAGGCAGUAACUAUGGUGGAGGGUAUGGUAGGGGUGGCGGCGGAGGUGGUGGAGGCGGUGGUGGGAAUGGAAGUGGGAGCGGAUCGGGUUAUGGUUCCGGUAGUGGGUUUGGGUACGGCGAGGGAGGUGGCACCUACGGUGGAGAGUAUGGAAGGGGUGGCGGCGGAGGCGGAGGUGCCGGUGGCGGUUCUGGCUUUGGGUCUGGUUACGGUUCAGGGUACGGAUCUGGAUAUGGGAGCGGUGGGGCCUACGGUCACCCGUAAAUACUAGCCCUACAAUUGUAAUGGAGCCCACUUUGAAUUGGUUCCGCCCGGUGUCCCACUUGUGUCAUGGUCUGUGUCCGUGUGGCGUGCGCGUCUGGUGUUUGUUUUGAAAUAAAUAGAAAGGGGCUUCUGUUCCUAAAUAAAUGUAUGAUUAGGCAUACCAAAAUAAAGCAAUGCAAUUAGUCCUUUCUUCUCUGUCUCUA